UUGCCUAAGAAAUGCUAUUUUCCCAGAUUUGGAGGACUUAACUUGCAAUUUAACCCAAAAACCUUCCACCAAAAUCACCAACUUCCGUAACAACCGAUGGGUCCUCAACGAUUUCAAGACGACGCAGCAGCAUCAGAUACCUUCUAAUCUAUAUGUCACAACCGCAACCGCCACCGGAGAUGGAUAUCCAACCGCCAACAUUACUCGACGGCGAAGACGAUCCUUCCUCCGCCGCGUGGGAUUGGGGAGAUCUCCUUGAUUUCGCCGCAGACGAUCAACUAAUCUUCCCUCCCCUUCCUCCUCCGAUUACGACGCAAUCGGAGUCUUAUCCCUCUCCCGAUGAAUCGGGCUCCGGCUCCGAUCGGGUCAGGAAGCGUGACCCGAGGCUGCUCUGUUCCAAUUUCGUGCAAGGGAUGGUUCCCUGCUCGUGUCCGGAGCUCGAUCGGAAGCUGGAGGAGGCGGAGCUGCCGAAGAGGAAGCGGGUUCGAGGCGGGUCGGGUGUGGUGAGGUGUCAGGUUCCGGGUUGUGAGGUGGAUAUAAGCGAGCUGAAAGGGUAUCAUAAGAGGCAUAGGGUUUGUCUUACGUGUGCUAGCGCUAGCUUUGUGGUGCUUGGUGGAGAGGAUAAGAGAUAUUGUCAACAGUGUGGAAAGUUUCAUGUGCUUCCGGAUUUUGAUGAGGGAAAACGCAGCUGUAGGAGAAAGCUAGAGCGUCAUAAUAAUAGGCGGAAAAGGAAACCUGUGGAUAAAGGAGGAGUUGGUUCUAAACAAGUGUUAUCACAGAAUGAUAACAGUGUAAUUGAUGUUGAUGAUGGCAAAGAUAAUACUAGUGACCAGAGAAUGGAACAAGAGGCUUCAUUGAUUUCUGAAGAUCGGCAUAUUCCUACUCAGGGUUCUGUACCCUUUCCUCAUAGCAUCAACGCAGACAACUUUGUCCCUGUUACGGGUUCGGGUGAAGCUCAACCAGAUGAAGGAAUGAAUGACACAAAGUUUGAACUUUCACCUUCCUGUGGUGACAACAAAAGUGCUUACUCAACUGUGUGUCCUACAGGACGGAUCUCUUUUAAGCUCUACGAUUGGAAUCCAGCAGAGUUCCCACGGAGACUACGUCAUCAAAUAUUCCAAUGGUUGGCCACCAUGCCUGUUGAGCUGGAGGGCUAUGUCCGUCCAGGAUGUACAAUUUUGACCGUCUUUAUCGCAAUGCCGGAAAUUAUGUGGGCGAAGUUGUCUAAAGAUCCGGUGGCAUACCUUGACGAAUUUAUUCUUAAACCUGGAAAGAUGCUAUUUGGAAGAGGCUCGAUGACUGUAUACUUGAAUAACAUGAUAUUCCGUCUUAUGAAAGGUGGAACAACUUUAAAAAGAGCCGAUGUAAAAUUAGAGUCACCGAGACUUCAGUUUGUAUAUCCAACAUGUUUUGAAGCUGGAAAACCAAUUGAACUCAUUGUUUGUGGACUUAACCUUCUGCAACCCAAAUGCCGGUUUCUUGUGUCUUUUUCUGGAAAGUACUUACCACAUAACUAUUCUGUUGUACCUGCACCGGACCAGGAUGGGAAGCGUUCUUGUAAUAACAAGUUGUAUAGGAUAACUAUUGUGAAUUCUGACCCUAAUCUCUUUGGCCCUGCAUUUGUCGAGGUUGAAAAUGAAUCUGGCCUAUCAAAUUUCAUACCUCUAAUAAUUGGAGAUAAAGCUAUUUGUUCUGAAAUGAAACUAAUAGAGCAGAAGUUCAAUGCUACACUCUUUUCAAAGGAACAAGAUGUUACCGCAUGCUGUUGUUCUUUGACUUGCCGUUGCAGGGAUUUCAAAGAGAGGCAAAGCACCUUUACUGGGCUCUUGUUAGAUAUUGCAUGGUCAGUGAAGGUGCCCUCUGCAGAAUGCACUGAGCUAACCGUGAACCGAUGUCAGAUAAAAAGAUACAACAGAGUGUUGAAUUAUUUGAUACAGAGUAACUCUCCAUCAAUCUUAAGAAACAUACUGCGCAAUCUGGAAACUUUGGUGAAGAAAAUGGAUCCAGACAGUCUCGUUCACUGUACAUGUGACUGCGACGUGAGACUUCUACAUGAAAAUAUGAACCUAGCCAGAAAGCAGCAAAGCGAUGAAGAUUCAAAGGUGAAUCCAGUUACAUCAGCGUGCUGUUGUGAGAGCAGUUUCCAGGACAUACCAUCAAGAACAUUAAACUUUAAUCAGGAUCCGGAAGCAGGAUUAGAUUGUAAGGAGAGGAUACAAGCGACUUCACCAGACACUGGCGGAAAAGAGACGGAUCCUCUGUUAAACAAAGAGGUUGUCAUGAACGUAAGUGACAUAGGGGACUGGCCGAGGAAGUCAUGUAUACAAAUACACUCUGCUCAAACAAUAAGGUCCCGUCAAACUGUUCUCUUACUCACUACAUUGGUUGUCUGUUUUGCUGUCUGCGCCGUUAUCUACCAUCCAAACAAGGUCACACAGCUUGCACUGGCAAUCCGAACGAGAUUAGCACACAAACUUUGAUAUAAACCUCAAUGGCAGAGACUCUCAUUUCAACCGGUGAAAGUGUGUUCAUUAAAGAAAGCUUGAAAGGGAGCUGUAUUAAAAAAGCAUGUCUCAGCUUUCAGCUACUGCUUCGCAAAUAGAUUCCCUUUGAGAACGAAACGAAUUGGUUAAUGACCAGAUGAGUUUACGUGAUCUGUGUUCUUUCCAAUUUCUUAAAGACUGGUGGUGAUGCUUCAGCUGUAAUAACAGGAAAUGGUCUGCUCAGUGAUCUUAGUAUAUUCCUCAUCGAAUAGUGUUUUAUAUAUUAGUGUUUUGCUUUCGCUGACUGUAUAACAUUUUUUGGUCUAUAAAUGAUUCUUGGACAAAUGGUCUUAUAUACAUUUGUUAUUAAAG